ACGGAAAAAAGGCUUGACAACGGCGCGUGAAGGAUAACACACACACACUGGAGUUAUUGUUUGUAUUGGUAACCGUGUAAACACGCCUCUUUCAGCCCCAAAGUGGUUUUUAAGGUGUUGAGGAAAGGAUAAUGAGGACGGAUGUACCUGAUAUCACCUGUCCCUGGACGGACGCUGAAGAAGGACAGGAGUAAAUGGCGCUGAGAUCCAGUACUGUGCAAGCUCUGCGACAACAGGAGCACCGUGAUGGCUCGCAGACAGGGUAGUCAUGGUGAUCGACCCCUGCUCUCAUCCUUCAGGCCACCAUCUGCUCCUAAACUAAAUGUGCAGCGCUCGCUAUCCAGAGAGAAUAUCGCCAUCCAUUUCUCUGCAAUGGGCAAGGAAGAGGAUCAGGAGGAAGAGGGCAUAUGUGAGCCAUUAGAUCUGCCAAGCGACGCAGUGACGAACAGUCAAGGAGUAGUAACGGCUUUGGAAGCAAGCGAAGACCUUGUUCUUGAAGAAGAUACAGAGAUGAAGUCUGUCAGUAAUGUUGUUGUCAAGUCCCUUUCAGCCAUGUCGGGUCAACAGAACGCUAAUAAGCAGGAGCACGGUUUUACUUGCUCUGCGUCUGCUGAGCCGACAAAGGGGACAGGAUCCUCAUCAGGCUCCGCUAACACCUCACCUUCCAAAUCGAUGUCCCUUCCCUCAAUGGACAAGUCUUUUAUCAACCUCAUGAAGUCUUUAUCUGCAGAUUUGGAGCCCCGGGAAGGAGUUCCCGCUCCUCCUCCUUUGCGCCAUCGGCAGUUGAUGAAGAAUCUGGUCAAAUCUUUGUCCACAGACCCGACCCCGGAUCCCACAGGAUCAAACCGCUCUUCUGACUCCCGCCUCAACCUACAGCUGUUCAAACAGUUUACCCAACCUCGACCCACUACAAGUACGGGAGACUCCAAAACUGCUCCGUCGUCUCCUUUAACCUCACCCGACAACCGCAGCUUCUCCUUUAAGGUAUCGGAGGUAGAGGCACGCAUUGAAGACACGAAACGCCGUCUUUCAGAAGCCAUUUCAGAUCCUUUGCACUUGAUUAGCAAGUUCAUUGGAGAUGACUCUUCCAGUAUUUACAGGCCAAAACCUCUUUCAUCCAGUGCCACAGAAUUGACGAGUUUUUCCACUCUUAAUGACCAUGUGGAAAACAACAAUAAUUACAGUAUCAAGGAAGAAGGUGAUCUGGAUGGUGAAGGUGUUACCCCAGAGGCAGCUGAGCUGGCCUCAACUGCUGAAAGCAAAACUGCCAAACCUUGUGCUUCCUCUCUGGGACUGGACAAGUGCUCCAUGUCAGCACUGGCCAAACAGGAUGAUGAAGAGUUCUGUGAACUUUACAAUGAAGACUUUGAGUUCUCUAUGGAUACAGAGGGGCAGGUUGGUCAUGCUGAGGACACGAAGACAGGAAGCAGUGCUUCCAAGCCUGCUAGUCCGAGCACAAACACUUUUAGUGAAGAUGAGAUGGAGUUGGUAUCGGCAUGUAGUAUUCCACAUAAGACUUUGUUAGCUUUAACCAUCAUUACCUAUGGAUACUUUAUUCUACCUUUGCCCACUUACCUUGGAGGAAUGUUGCUGGGUGUAGCACUAGGGUUCAUACUAGCCAUCGGUGCAGUGUGGCUAACAGGCCCAAAGCUACCAGGAAUUAGACGUUUAAGAGCGCCGAAGGAUCUGUGGAAUGUGGCACAGCUGGAUAUCAAAGAGCCAGGCAUCUUUAAGGGUUGGAUGAAUGAAAUUCAGAAUUACAACCCAGAAACAUAUCACGCAACACUUACCCACUCGGUGUUCGUGCGUUUGGAAGGCUCAACUUUGCGGAUCUCCAAACCCAACAAGAACAUCACCCGCCGAGCCAGUUACAACGAACCCAAACCAGAUGUCAUAUACAUCAGCCAGAAAAUCUAUGAUCUUACAGGCAGCAAGGUGACCCUGGUGCCCCAGAGCCUGGCCAGGAAGCGGGUGUGGAACAAGAAGUACCCGAUACGCAUUGAGCUGGCCAAGCAGGACAACUUCAUGUCUAAGGCAGAAGCAGACAGAGCCUCGGACGAGAAGGAGAAUCCGGAUAAUGCGGGCUCACAGGAAGGAGGAAGGGUGGGUUCAGACCGUGAACUGCUCACCGUCUACUUGUUUGGGAGAACAGGAAGGGAUAAAGAGGAGUGGUUCCGGAGAAUUCUUCUCGCCUCGAAACUGAAAUCCGAAGCAGCGAAGAAGACAGCGAGCCUGCCAACUAGCAAAAGUGCUCCUGCACUAUCCCAUAGCCGCAGCAGUAGCAGAGGCAGUCUGGAUGAGCUCCUGUCAUCCCAGGCAGCUAAGAGAGAGUCGAAUGUAAGUGCCAGACAGAGGCCUCUGUUGGAAUACAGCGUCUACAUGGCCAACUACAUCGGCCCUUCUAAAGCAACCAGUGCCAACACCAGUCCUGGAGAAAGCCCACAUAGCAGCCCCGGGGUGGGCAAAAAGUUGCCAAGCAGCCCAGUAAAAGAAAAAGAGGAGGUGCCUGUGAGCUGGCUGAACGCUCUGAUUGGCCGGAUCGCAUGGGACUUCUUCAGGGAGCAGCACUGGUCUGAAUGGGUGUCGAGGAAGAUUCAGAUGAAGCUCAGUAAGAUCAGGUUGCCUUACUUCAUGAACGAGCUGACCCUGACUGAGCUCGACAUGGGCGCGUGCACUCCCAGAAUCCUUUGGGCUUCUCAGCCCUCAGUGGACCAUCAAGGUCUGUGGUUUGAUGUGGAGGUCUCCUACAAGGGCUCGUUCCUCAUGACUCUAGAGACGAAGAUGAACCUGUCACGGUUGGGGAAGGAGGGCGAGGCCGUCGGCGAGGUUGGGAAAGACGGGUACAGGCCACGUACAUACUGCCUGGCGGAUAGCGACGAGGAGUCGUCCAGCGCCGGCUCCUCUGAUGAGGACGAUGGGACGGAGAACGUCGCUGAUAAAAACCUGCCACCAGGUGCAGAGGGAUACACCGGAGUCCACAGGCCGAGCAAGAUCAUGAGAUUCGUGGACAAGAUAACCAAGAACAAAUACUUCCAGAAGGCUACAGAGACUGAGUUCAUUAAGAAGAAGAUAGAGGAAGUGUCGAACACACCACUUCUGCUCACUGUGGAGCUUCAGGAGUGUAAGGGAACGCUGGCUGUUAACAUCCCGCCUCCGCCUACUGACAGGAUAUGGUACGGCUUCCGCAGCCCUCCUCUUCUGGAACUAAAGGCUCGUCCUAAACUCGGAGAGAGGGAGGUGACAUUCGCACACGUUACUGACUGGAUCGAAAAGAAACUGGAGCAGGAGUUUCAGAAAGUCCUCGUGAUGCCAAACAUGGAUGACGUGUGGCUCACAGUCAUGCAUUCUGCCAUGGACCCUCGGUCAGACGCGACAGCAACAGAGAGCAAGGGAGCCACGACGGUCCCCGAGGUUGAUAUUCUACCCUCUGAGGGGCCGUGAAGGACCAUUUACUCGUUCCAAUAUUGGCCAAAUGAGAGCUGAUGUGGGUACCAAAAAAAAAGAGGGCCAUCUGAUGUGAUGUGUUCUUGCUCAUGGACCUUUUGAAGAAAUUAUGGUGGAUAGAAAUACUGUGCAAUGCUGCUUUAAUUACUUUAUCAAUGACAAGGUUCAUUCUUGUGGAAGAAAUAUGCGAGGACAAAUGUGAAAAGUAUGUUGGGAGAUGAAGGAUUUUUUUUGGGGGGGG